GGAUAUAUGGCGGCGCCCUUGUGUCUGUGGGUGCCUAGGACUCGUGCACGCGCACUCGCAACCGGAAGUGCCUGGCGCGCGCCCGUCACGUGGAGGCGGGGCCUCGAGCUGGAUGUAAACACAGCUAGCUGUUAGCUGCUAGCUGCUAGCUGCUGUGAGCUCACGCGGACAUCGUCAGGAUGGGCUCGGCCCCCCCCCUCUCCUCCCUGCGCCUCCUCGUCCCUCCCCUCCGCCUGCUCACGGCGGCGAUGUGGCAGGUGGCACGGCAGCAAAAUGUGGUGCAUUAUGGGAUGCUGGAGGACUUCGUUUCCAUGGUAACUGAGGCUGUGCCGCAGCUGCUGUCGGACCGACAGAGGAGCCUGCUGCUGCUGGCGCUGAGAGCCAAGGUGACCCUCUGUGAUGUCGACCCUCAGGCCGUCCACACACAGCUGGACAAAGUCCACUCUGUGUGCUCUCAGCAGUGUGAUGAAGAGGUGGAUGGAUGGUGUGCAGCUCUGCUGACUCUGACCGAUAAACUAACAGAGAGUCCAGCAGACAGACAGCGCCUCCUGCAGGAGGUCUUCAACCAGAGUUUUGACUCCGCUCUGCAGUCCCUCAUAUCGGACUUCCUGUCCAGGAUGGAGCAGCUGUUCCCCGUGCCCGACUUCAGACAGGCUGCUUCUUGGCUUGAUGCUGCCCCUGGUGGUCUGGAGGACUGUCUGCAGGAAGCGGACAGGGAGGAUCUGAAGGAACUACUGACCAAUCAGAGCUGUCUGCUGGGGCGAGCGACCUCCACAGUGGGUCAUGACUCGGAGAAGAUCCUCCUCUCAGCCUGGUCCCACCCCCUCUUCACCAAACUGACCAAUCCUGACCCUCCUCCCUCCGAGACAGAGGUCCAAUCAGAUCCUCUCUGUGCUGUGGAUCACCCCGCCCAGCUGGACGUGGAGCUGAUUAAGGUGGAGGUGGUGGUGAUGACGGAGGACGAGCAGGACGAGGUAGAGGAGACUGUGAUUGGUCAGACCGCGUCGCCAGUGGAGCACGAGGCGUCCAAUGAGAGUUCAGCGUUGGGUGAUGACGACUGUGCCGUGACACCUGUGACUCAGGAAGUGGACAGGUUGAAGGACUCACCUGGAAACUUUGCUGACCAAUCAGGAGACACAGUGGACCAAUCAGAUCAGUCCUGCUCUGAGGUCACAGCCAACGCCCUGUUCAGCAUUUCCCAUAAUUCCCAGCGGGUGGCUCACAAGUGUCCUCAGUGUGGCAAGUGUUUCAUCUACCGCUCUCAGGUCAUCCGUCACCUGCGGACCAACAAGUCCUGCGGGUCGGCCAUCGCCACCUCCGGCGCCGUGAACCUUCAGAUUCAACCUGAUGGUCACGAGGAAGAGCCCCGCCCUCCAGAGCCCCGCCUCCCAGAGCCCCGCCCCUCCAGGAGCCACUCCUGCUUCCAGUGCAACGCCAUCUUCAGAUCCAAAGCCGAGCUGCUGGCGCACCAGCGCAGCCACCGGGCCCGCCCCGUCUACCAUUGUGGCCAGUGUGACAAGGAGUUCCACCACCUGUCCAGCCUGACCAAUCACAAGCAGACCCACCUGGACAAAGGCAUGUUCAGCUGCAGCAGGUGUGAUAAGGUGUUUGAGUCUGCCAAGGAGAGAGACGCCCACCGGCUGCAGCACCGGCUGCCGGACCUCACCUGUACGGUGUGUGACCAGACGUUCAGCUCUCAGACUCAGCUGCUGCGACACCUGCAGGUCCACUCUGUGGAGGGAGCUGAUCCCUGCUACAACUGCCGCUUCUGUGACCAGACCUUCUCAGGAGUGACGCAGCUGCGUAUCCACCAGCGCACACACACUUUCCGCUCGUACCAGUGUGACCAGUGCAGCAAGACGUACGGCUCGCUGACCGGCCUCCAUUCGCACCAGGCGAGCCACACCACAGAGAGCCGCUUCCUGUGUCCACAGUGCGGCAAGCGCUUCAAGACCCGCGAUGGGUUGGAGGGCCACCUGAGGACGCACACCGGGGAGCGGCCCUACCGCUGCCCCUACUGCCCCAAAGACUUCACCGCGCUCGCUGGCCUCAACGUGCACGUGCGGCGGCACACCGGGGAGCGCCCGUACGUGUGCACGGUGUGCGGUAAGGGCUGGCCGUCGGGAGGAGAUCUGCAGAAACACAUGAGGACUCACACGGGUGAACGGCCGUACGUCUGCCAGGACUGUGGCAAGGCCUUCUCCAUCUCCUGUCACCUGACCGAGCACCGGAGGAUUCACACAGGAGAGAAGCCCUUCUCGUGUCCGGAAUGUGGUAAAUGUUUACGGAGGAAGUUUGACCUGAAGAAACACAUGUUGUCUCACAGCAGCGUUCGUCCGUACGCCUGCGUCUACUGCCCAAAGAGCUACACCCGCAAAACUCACCUGAACAGACACCUACAGAAGCACAGGACUGCCGACAGCGAGGUGGUGGUGGAGGAGGUCGCCGACGAGGCCUGAAGAGUCCGCUUGAUCUUUGCAUGU